UUAAAAAUGUCUGACCAGAAAACUAUUGUACACAGAGUCCAUUGUGUUGAAAAACUGCUGUCUGAGAACAAUUUCCAAGAUAUCGAGGAUCAUCUUAAAGAACUUGAAGAUGUUCACAUGACUGUCGAAUAUCUUCAGGGGACAGAAGUUGCCAAGGCUGUAUACAGAGUACUCAAGAGCUGCCCUUCAGCAGAGUUGAAAAGAAAAGCACAGCAGUUAUUAUCAAGGUGGAAAGCACUUUACAAGAAUAAUUGUGUUCAGUCAACACAAGUUAAAAAGUCUGCUUCUGUGCAUGUGAAAGAGGAAACAGAACAUCUCAGUGUGAUCCCCAGAGAGCAGUCACUGUCUGAAGGACCACGUCAGCAGGAGCCAUCGGAUGCUACAAGUUACAAAAUGUUGGUCCCAUUGCAGACUGUUCAAAAUGUUGACUUAUGUAAUGACACAGAAGGCAACAUGAAACAGCUUUCUUCUUUAGAUGAACAGCACACUGAUAAUGAAGAUUCUAAACCUCUUGUUAAUGAAGCAAGCUUGCAGCAGGAUCCAGUGACAGCUCUGAGGUGUAAAUGUACAGAUCUUCUUUAUAAAGCUUUGACUAGUUCUGCCAAAGAUGAAGGAGAAACUGGUAAAUGUCUAGAGCUAGCUAAAGAAAUUGAAGUACAUAUUUUUGUUCUUCAUGCUAAAAGUGAAAGAAAGUAUAAAAAUUGCAUCAGGAGCAAAAUUUCUAACCUGAAGAACCCUAAAAGCUGCCAUUUAAAGCAUAAUCUUAUUUCAGGGAUGUUGAGCCCAAAGGCUUUUGCUGAGAUGACAGUAAUGGAAAUGGCCAGUGAUGAACUGAAACAGCUCAGGGCUCUGUACACAGAAUCAUCUGUUCAGGAACAUCAGCUUCCACAAGUUAUUAAUGGCACACAGACAAACAAAAUUAAAUGUAGGCGCUGUGAAAAAUUUGAUUGCACUGUCACAAUGAUUGCCAGAGGAACUCUCUUUCUUCCAGGGUGGGUGCGAAGCACAAAUCCAGAUGAACAAAUGUUGACUUACGUGAUUUGUAAUAAAUGUGGGGAACAGUGGUAUCACAGCAGAUGGAUUUGUUUGUAA